UGUUGUCUCCUUGCCUGCAUAAUGAGCGAUGGGCUUGUGGCCACGUUGGGCUCCUUGGACUGCAGUUGACGGGUGGAGUAGUUGAGGCCGUCCCAAGACGCGCUGACCAUGUUGACCACAUUGGCGUGGACCACCGUGAAGUGGGUGAGGCGCCGCGGGGCGAUGCGCAGCGUGCUCAGGUUGUUGUACAACGCAGACGCGCUGUUCUUAAUCUGGAUGCUCUUCUCUUUGUGAUACAUCGAGAAGGUUACACGACGCUAUAAAUGUAUGUAAUCCUAAAAAAAAAGGUGCCUUAUUCCAGACAGAGGGGCUGUUUUAUACCAAUGACGUCAGUGGUUUCUGACUGAUCCUUAGCAUUAGCAUUAGCAGCUCGGUGGUUGUUAGCAAGAAGCCACCCGGAACUAAGACGUCCAAAUCUAAAAACUGACUGGGUAACUGCUGUUUAUUACAGAGUCCAUGCAACCGUCCAACACUUCAUGCUGUCUUUAUCUGAAAUUUCUAGUGCAAAGUGACGUAAGCACUUCUUUCCAGGCUAAUACUCUCGGCGUCUCCCGCAGCCAUAGAGACAUCGCCGCCAGGUCGUGUUACGUCACAGUCACGUGUUGCGUUGCUAGGGAACCCGUAUACACACCAGGAAGUGGACGCCUAAAGGAAGAUUGUCGCGUUUAGUCAGUCAAAAAUAAUUCAAGGGUCGCAGGGGGUGACUGGGGCCUAUCUCAGCUGCAUUCAGGCGGAAGGCGGCGUACACCCUGGACAAGUCGCCAUCUCCAGUUUUUUAAUAAUCAAACGACCAAAACAUACACUGACCAAUUACCCACAAUGUGGAUGGUUAUCCAUCCAUCCAUCCAUUUCCUACCGCUUAUUUCCUUUUGGGGUCACAAAGGGCGCUGGCGCCUAUCUCAGCUACAAUCGGGCGGAAGGCGGUGUACACCCUGGACAAGUCGCUAUAUCCAGUUUUUUAAUAAUCCAAUGACCAAAACAUACACUGACCAAUUAUCCACAAUGUAGAUGGUUAUUUAGAUACGAAAUCUAGUAUAAUGUUUAAAAGUAAAACAGACAGUGCAGUGUUCUCAACCAAUUAACACUAGAAUUUACUUCAUCCAUCCUCCAAUUUUCUACCGUUUAUUCCCUUUUGGGGUCGCGGGGGGCGCUGGCGCCUAUCUCAGCUUCAAUAAAAUACAAUAACAGAGACUACACGUGAGGUACAAAUUACAUCGGGGGCGGUUUAGCUCGGUUGGUAGAGUGGCCGUGCCAGCAACUUGAGGGUUGCAGGUUCGAUUCCCGCUUCCGCCAUCCUAGUCACUGCUGUUGUGUCCUUGGGCUAGACACUUUACCCACCUUCUCCCAGUGCCACCCACACUGGUUUAAAUGUAACUUAGAUAUUGGGUGUCACUAUGUAAAGCGCUUUGAGUCACUAGAGAAAAGCGCUACAUAAAUAUAAUUCACUUCACUUCACAUCACACACAUGAAAGAGUUAUUUUCAAAUGAACCACAGCCAGCAUGCUGUUGCACUGCUUACUGCAGGUAUAAAAUUCACCAAUAGAGUGUGCAAAUUUGUUGUUUUUUUUUUAUAUUUUCAGACAGGAUUUACCAUAUUGCCUUACAUUCACACGUUUCCAAAAUAAUAGGUACAGUAAUAAUCAUAUUUUAACUGACACAAUCUGAAAAAUGUGUGUUUGAUACUGUAUUGUUGUUUGCAGUAGCAAAUGACUGCACUGCUUGAUUUUGAGAAGUGUUACUAAUAUUGUUGCUUUGUUACUAUUGUUACUUUCUAUUCUAUUCUAUUCUAUAUUUUACCCCCCUUUUCUUAAGCUAAAAUAGGACAACCAAAAACCUGCGAGGAUGUCCCGCUCUGCAGCCAAAGCGCAAGCUGACAAAAGUAAGGCCCCUGCCAGGGUGAGCCCACCUCAGCCCCAUGAGCCGGAGGAGGAAGACAUUAUCCCUGGUUGUCUAACUCGGAGCCAAUGGAUGGAUAUGUUGAGCCGUGAGGAAGCAGAAGACUUAGUUGGCGAGAUAAUGGCCGAAUUGAUGACCCGGGUCAUGGAAGGCUGUUACAAUGUGCACAUUAAAAGACAGGUAGCAUCCUUCACUGCAUUUUGGGCCAAAGUUUACUUCAUACAAACUUUAGAGCAUCACCUCAUGUGCCGAGAUAAAUGGGAAGAUGCGAUGGAAUUAACCAGAACAGAGGAUUCUGAACCAAGGCCAAUCACUCCAGAUGUCUGGUCUGAAGGAUGCUUCCCAGUAAUACAUGGAACACCUCAAGCUGAGCCUACACCACCCAAGAUUAUUCAAAAAUCUGGUACCUGCAAAUCCCUUCGACCACCUGAACCUAGAACAAGCCAGAAAAAUAAUCCUGUGUCGCAAACAAGCGUCUCUUCAAAGACAUCUGUUGCCAAAAUAAGUCUGAGCAAGUCUGUUGGUGGUGAGAAGAUAAGUAACGAACCAAGUCCUCGUCCCAAACAAGACACUUAUCCUAAGAAAAAGCAAAAAGCUUGUUUGCCCCCAAAGCUUGACCCUGAAACUGUUCUGCCACCCGUGUCUUGUUUGGCAGGAAAACUGGAAACCAAGGGUGACAAUAAAGUCCCUUCUGUUUCUAAACAUACAGCCGGGUCAUCACAACAACAACACAAAACUCGAUCAGUACGGAAGCCAGAGCAUAAUCCAAUGGCCAAUUACUGGAUCACUCCUCAGUAUGAGAUCGUGAACAAAAGAAGAAAAACUGUCAAAAAAAGUGACCUUCCCGAACAACAGCAGUCUGACAUCAUGGAAACUUCAUGGAAUUCUGCUCGCAGUGCUGAACCAGCAAAACCUGCAAGUAGGACGGGUGUUCAGCGGGGGAAGUUGUCUCCCAUAAAGGACGAUAUUAUCACGAGAGCUCUGAGGUUGGACACCAUGCAUUUAGCAAAAGGUGUUUCUCUCAUUGAUCAUCAGAGAACAACAGCGGGCCCGGUGGCGUUCACAUCACAAGCUCAAUCUGCCAAGCUGCGACCGAUACAAACUGAUGCUGUAAAAUCGCAAUUUUCCGUGGAUCAGUUGACUGCCGGUCCUCCACCGCAGGUUAUACAAUGUUUGAAGCGGCCUGAGAAAUUUGACUUGUGAUAAAAAUAAUAUGGAGAUACACAAAUAGAUGUGCAUACAAUUUGGCUGUAUAAAGCAAAAUCGAGACAAAAUAUCUUGUCAGUGUCGGCGUUUGGUUAUUUAAAAAAAUGGGGGUCCCUGCGACUCCAUUAAGUCAUAAAAAUGGGGUCCCAGAGUACAUUUUUGGGGUCGCACUUUUUUGUAACCAUAUUGAAAACAAAUGAUAAAUGCAUGCAUAACACCUGUUAAAUCUCACAUUCUAUAUUGUGUUUCGGAAAAAGGCUCUCAUAAAUGUUACUUAAUUCCUUGAAACAAUAAUACAAAAGAAAACAAAUUCCUAUGCAUAUGCAAAUGUAUUCAGUUAUAAACAUUCAUUCACUUUCUUCUUUCCUUCAUGGAUCUAAACUUUACCGCUGUCGCCCCAAAAUCAAAGUUCUUUGGCUGACGAGGACCACUGACACAUUUCAUCCCUGCAUAUUUUACUAGAAUACCCUUAUGGGCAUUACGUAUAUUAAAAUCAAGUACCUACUGUACUGUUUACUUUUUGAAAUACUCUUUUUAGAGCAAAUAUCUACCGACCACUUUGCUGCUGCCAUAAUUGAUUUCAAGGGUAUUUCAACAAGUAAACAGUACAGCAAGUACUUGAUUGUGAUAUAUGUAAUGCCCAUAAGACUAUUCUAGUAAAAUAUGCAGAGAUAAGAUGUGUCAUUGUCAAAAUAUCACUUAAAACCAAUUUUUGGCAGCAGCAAAGUGGUCGUUUGGGUAGAUUUUAGCUCUAAAAAGGUUAUUUCAACAAGUAAACAGUACAGUACUGUGAUUUAUGUAAUGCCAAUAAGGGUAGUCUAGUAAAAUAUGUGUGUGUAAAUAUGCAAUGUGUAAAUAUCAUAAUAUUACAUCAAAUCACUUUUUGUCAGGCAAUACUACAUUUAAUGAACAUUUUAAUUUCUGGAAAUGCGUGUCCUUUCUGAUUUCAACGCAUAAAAAGACACAAAAAGUGUGUUAACGCCAACAUUGAUACUCUAUGUUUUUUUGUAUACCGAACAAUCACAAACUUUUGAAUCAUCUUGCCCAGGGGUGUCAAACAUACAGGCCGCGAGAUGAGUUCACUUAGUAUAAAAAUUGGCUAAAUGUUUGAAUGAAAGAAACUGCUGUUCUAAAUAUAUCCACUGGAUGUCGCAAUAGCAAUUGUUUGUAUUCCCUGCUGCAAGAGCGCAUGGCUUCGGAAGGGGUGGAGCUAUGUGCCGUGUUAAAAUAGAAGCAAUUAAGUACUUAGCUGUUUAUUAGUGAUAGUAUAAAACAUGUAGAUCGUUACAUUAAUGCCUUGAUUGUGAAAUAUGUUGUUGGUAAUGUAAUAUGUGACAUUCAUACCCAAAUAAAUGCUUUUAAAAAUCU